AUGAGCUCAGACGCGCCCAAAGAAUACUCCGUGGCGCAGGAGUCGCCCACGGACUCGGAGAAAGGCGCUUCCUUCUCCAGACAAGCCUCAGGAGAUGCCUUUGACGCUGAGAGCCUCCGGGAAAAGGACUUCUUCACCCGCAAUGGCCUCAACAUCGACAGUUUUCGGAGACGUGAACGGGGUGAGGGUGUCGAGGAGCUUGACCGCUCCAUGAAGUCGCGUCACCUGAACAUGAUCGCCAUCGGAGGCUCAAUUGGUGCCGGUUUCUUCGUGGGCUCUGGAGGAGCCUUGACUCGAGGCGGUCCAGCUUCGGUCCUCAUCUGUUUCCUCAUCACCGGAGUCAUGAUCUUCAAUGUCGUCUAUGCCCUGGGAGAGUUGGCCGUCAUGUAUCCUAUCAGCGGAGGCUUCUACACAUACUCGGUUCGCUUUAUUGACCCUUCAUGGGGCUUCGCAAUGGGCUGGAAUUACGUCUUUCAAUGGGUUAUCGUCCUCCCGCUCGAAUUGACCGUCUGCUCCUUCACCGUCCAGUAUUGGAACAAAGACAUUAGUGUAGCAGUCUGGAUUACCAUAUUCUGGGUCUUCAUCAUCUUUGUCAACAUCUUCGGAACCCUGGGCUACGCUGAGGAGGAAUUCUGGGCGUCUCUCUUCAAACUCCUGGCGACUGUCAUCUUUAUGGUUGUUGCUCUCGUCCUCAUCUGUGGUGGCGGCCCUUCAAACGGUAUAUAUCACGAGUACUGGGGUGCCCGGCUGUGGUAUGACCCGGGUGCAUUCCAAAAUGGUUUCCGUGGCUUUUGCUCCGUCUUUGUCACGGCGGCCUUUGCAUUUGCUGGCACCGAACUCGUGGGUCUUGCUGCCGCCGAGUCCAGGAACCCUGGCAAAUCCCUUCCGAGCGCCAUCAAGCAGGUCUUCUGGCGUAUUACUUUGUUCUACAUUCUCGGACUCACCUUUGUCGGACUCCUCGUCAGCUCUACCGACGACCGUCUCCUCAAUGCGUCAAACCCCUACGCCGACGGCACAUCGCCUUUCGUGCUUGGUCCGCUCGAUGCCGGUCUCAUCGGCUAUGACAGUUUCAUGAACGUCGUCAUUCUCGUCUCGGUCGUGUCGAUCGGUGUUUCCAGCGUCUAUGGCGGUUCGCGCACCUUGACUGCCCUCGCUCAACAGGGCUAUGCGCCAAAGAUCUUCGCCUACAUCGAUCGAUCGGGCCGGCCACUGUUCUCGGUGGGACUCAACUUGGCGUUUGGCGGGUUGGCUUACAUCGUGCUGGCGUCAUCCGGCAGCAUUGUCUUUGACUGGUUGCUUGCGCUGUCUGGGCUUGCUGCUCUCUUCACUUGGGGUUCUAUCUGCGUGGCACACAUCCGUUUCCGAGCAGCGUGGAAGCACGCUGGACGUUCGCUGGAUGAGAUUCCCUUCAAGGCGAUUGGUGGUGUGUGGGGUUCAUGGCUGGGUAUAUUCCUCAUCUUCAUCGCGCUGGCAGCGCAGUUCUUCGUUGCCAUCGCUCCUCCUUUCACUACCGAUCUGGCCAGCGCCGAAGACUUCUUCAAGGCCUACCUGGCUCUGCCAGUGGUGCUUUUCUUCUGGGUCUGUGGCUACCUCUGGAAACGUCAAGGGUUCCUUCGUGUGGAUCAGAUCGAUCUGGAUACCGGCCGUCGCGAGCACGAUUGGGAGACUAUCAACGCGUAUAGGGCCAAGGUCGCGACUUGGCCGUGGUGGAGGAAGGCACUCAGUGCCAUUUUCUAG